AUUGUGAACUUGAUUGCACCCAAACCAUCCAGGGGAGGCAAUGAAAACUUGCAAGCCUUUGGGCUCAUUGUGUUCCUCAGCACUGCUUCAUACUACUGCAUCCAAGUUGCCAAAGCAUACCUGUGGCCAUUCUCACUGGUGGCUGAGGUGACAUUGCUGGUUGCUCUUGUGAGCCUGUACUUUUUGUAUGCUGCCAAGAGACCUGUGGUGUACUGUGAUCAUCCCAAGCUGAAGACAUUUCUGCACAAAAAUGUGCCUGUCCUGAAUGAAAGAUUCUGGGUCACUCCCUGGGCUUGGGGAGGCUGUGUUCAAACUGUACUUGCAUCUUUCUUGGGGGAAUUCUGGCCAUUUGCUCCCAAGAAAAUUCAGUAUGAAAGAGAGUUGCUGACAUUGAAAGAUGGUGGUGAAGUUGCAUUGGACUGGAAACAUGAUGGCUGUCUGCAUUGCAAAGCAGAAGAUGAUUCUUGCCACCCAGAGCAUAAGCAACAACCAGUGGUGCUCAUCCUGCCUGGGAUAACAGGCAACUCAGAUGCCUUCUAUGUCAACAGCAUCAUCCAGGGUAUGUCUGGCCUGGGUGUGUGUUUUGUGGUCUUCAACAACAGGGGACUUGGUGGGCUGAGGCUCAAGACCCCAAGGACCUAUUGUGGCUGUAACACUGAAGACUUGGAAGAAGUUGUGCAGUAUUUGAAAAAGAAACUGGCUCCUGGCACUCCUCUUGCCUCUGUUGGAAUCAGCUUGGGGUCGUUAAUCAUGUGCCAUUACCUGUCCAAGAAAGGGAAGGAAUCUGGUCUAGUAGGCAGUGUAGCCGUUUGCCCUCCUUGGGAUACAUUCAGAGGGACAGAGUCACUGGAGAGUGCUUGGCCCAACACUGCCAUAAACCAUCACUUGGCCAAGUGUUUGACUGAAAUUUAUGACAGGUUAAUCAUGUGCCAUUACCUGUCCAAGAAAGGGAAGGAAUCUGGUCUAGUAGGCAGUGUAGCCAUUUGCCCUCCUUGGGAUACAUUCAGAGGGACUGAGUCACUGGAGAGUGCCUGGCCCAACACUGCCAUAAACCAUCACUUGGCCAAGUGUUUGACUGAAAUUUAUGACAGGGAGAGGGACAUGUUGGAGACCCGGAUAGGCGACGAGUUGGCAGCCAAGGCCACCACGGCCCUGGUCAUGUCCUCGCGGACCAUCCGCGAGUUUGACGACCGUUUCACCGCCCCUCAAUUCGGCUACCCGUCAGUGGACGCCUACUACGCGGACGCUCGGAUGACGGACAAGCUGCGCUCUGUGCGCACGCCGCUCCUGGCUCUGUCCGCCGCCGACGAUCCCUUUCAGCCGGAAGAUGGCAUCCCGCGCUCUUUCGGUGAAGCCAGCACUGUGGCGAUCGCCGUCACCCGCAGAGGAGGGCACAUCGGGUUCCUCCAGGGAGUGUUCCCCUUUAGCCCCGUGUCGAAUUACUACUCGAGGUUCACGCGCGACUUUCUGUGCGCAGUAUUCGGACAUCCGGGGUUCAGUGAUAAGGAGGAUAACUCAAUGAUGAUGACCGGUAAUGAGUAGUAGUGAUGCUUUUUCUUCGUGCCGUUCUCGUCGUUAUUACUGAUUUCCGAACGGAAUCGCGAAUUGCGGGCUCAUUUUCUUGAUCAGUUUUUCUGCAUUCGACGCGUCUAGAGAGAAUGCCGGUGAGAGGAGAUAAUGAGAAAUCACGCUGACUCUUAUUGAAAAAGCUCGAAUAUUCCCGCGUAAAGAACAAGUGGUGCUGUACAGUAUAGAAUUUUAUAGGCCGACACACGCUCGGAAUAAAACAGGAACUAAAGCAAAUGUGAUGGGAAAUACAGUCGGUGUUUUCGUGAGGUGAACCAUGAAAGGAAACGAGACUAGUGAUAUAUCGUAUCUCCAGAUUGGGGCAGCAUCGAUGAUAGCGUUUCCGUUGUGCAUUGAUUUUUUUAGAAUUCGAGAUGGAAGUUGCAAUUAUAAUUGUCGUUUCUUGUCAUUUCCCGGCAUCUUAUCUUCGUUUUGGCGCGGGAAUAACGGACUUACUCCACGUGCCGUGUCUGUGAAGCUAGGCUUUUUCUUUUACCACAACCCAGUGAUGACGUUUCGAUCGGUUAUAUUUUGAUGGUUCGUUGCCUCCUGGAUCACAGCCGAACCUCCCCGUAUAUUUAGCGAAUGACCCCUUUUCAAGUCCUUGUUUGAAUUCCAUUAUUAGGAACAAUGUCAACUCGUUUAAGAAGCAAUUUAAGGCCCAUAGCCAAAAUUUCCCGCAAUUCCUACUCGGAAAAAGUUCGUAACUCAAACCUCGCUAACCUGGUUUUUUUCUUUUUUUUGCUGAUCCCUUGAAGUUCGACUUGGAAGAGGUUCGAGUGUGUUUCGAUCACGACGAUAUCAGUUCAUCCCUGUUUUUGUAACGUUUAUAUAGAACUUUUGCGAAUUGCUCUUUUGGAAGUUUUUCGGGAAUAGUUCAUCUUUUGCUGCCGGAGACUCGUU